AUUCAGAGUGUUGGUGGGCAGGCCAGGCCUGGUAGAAAGUCAUGUGACUCCCUUUAGGUUGACAAGGCCCCAGAUGGUCUCCCUGCCUGCUUUAUGCUCAAGGGCAGAGUCUACCCUGCCUGGUACCCACACACCACAGAACAUAGUGGGAUCCGGUGCUGGAGUGUGACUAGGAGUCAGCUGCUACACACUCUUGGGCCAACUGCCUCACUUCUUUAAGCUUCGAGUUUUCCAUAGGUAAUCUCAACCUCCUGGGGAAUUAGGACUAGGCGCUUUCACUGCGGUGGCCCAGAGUUCAAUCCCUGGUCGGGGAGCUAAGAUCAUACAAGCCUGGUGGCACUGCCAAAAAAAUUAAUUAAAAAAAACAACUAACCUCCUGGAUUUAUGUUUAGAAUGAGAGCAAAGUAUUAUUUUCCCUCUGUCUUUUAGUAUUUUAGCAUUAAUUUGGUGUCUUGUAUAUGCCACAUCCUAUUCUGCAUAUUUAUUAAUUUAGUGAUUACUUUCAAGGACUCUAUGAGGUUGAUACUAUUAAUAUUCUCCCAUUUAACAGACAGGCAAAUGGGCAAAUUGAAGUGAAGGCCCUGACCCAAGAUCAAACAGCCAAGAAAUGGCAGAGGAAGGAAUUCAACCCAGGGCUUCUGGCUCCAGAAGUUGGUGAUCUAAAGCACUACAUACACAAUAUAAUGUACAUAGUAGAGCCAUGCAGUGGGCAAGCAAUAAAUUUAGGUCUUUUCACAGUUCCUGGGAGUACCAAGAGUGCCCAGGUCCUCCCUGCUUUCACUUUUUUCAUUGCCCAUCUGUUCUGAGCCACUCCUUUUAGCCUUGCCCUGCCCAACCCUCCUGGCCUCACCUUCCUUCUGCUAACAAAGGUCCAGUCAGGUUUUAUUGGCUCUGAUAAGGGCCAAAGUUCACCAGCACUUCCUCUUUACAAAAGAGCCUAGAGCGGCUCUGAGCUGAGUUGCACCAGGUGUGGCCCCAGUGAUCUGGAUGCUGGUUGGUCACUAGUGAGGCUGUUAAGAGAAGGGAGCCUGGGAUGUGCAGAAGAGAGACCCCACCAUGGACCCUGCCCUGCCAGCCACACCCUUAUCCUCAGCUAUAAGAGCCACCCACCACCUGCUAGCUGCCACCAUUCAUGACUCCUGCAGCUUUUCUCACAGGAGAAGUCACCAGCCCAGGCUCUAAAGAUGGCCUUUGUCCCUGCACCAGGCUACCAGCCCACCUACAACCCGACGCUGCCCUACCACAACCCCAUCCCAGGAGGUCUCAGAGUUGGAAUGUCCAUUUACAUCCAAGGAGUGGCAAGCGAGCACAUGAAGAGGUUCUUCGUGAACUUCGAGGUGGGGCAGGGCCAAGGGGCAGACGUCGCCUUCCACUUCAAUCCCCGCUUUGAUGGCUGGGAUAAGGUGGUCUUGAACUCGAAGCAGAACGGCUCGUGGGGCAACGAGGAGAGGAAAAUGAGCAUGCCCUUCCGCAAGGGCGCGGCCUUCGAGCUGGUGUUCAUGGUCACGACGGAGCACUUCAAGGUGGUGGUGAAUGGGACUCCCUUCCAUGAGUUUAAGCACCGGAUCCCGCUGCAGAUGGUCACCCACCUGCAUGUGGAUGGUGACCUGAGGCUUCAAUCAAUUAACUUCAUUGGAGGCCAGCCCCCCUCAAACCAGAUGCCCAUGCCUGCUCAGGUGUACCCAAGUCCCGGACAGUACUAUCAACAACAGAGCAGACUGCCUACCAUGGAGGGACCCCCAGCCUUCAACCCGCCCGUGCCAUUUAAUGGGAGACUGCAAGGGGGGCUCAUAGCUCGAAGAACCAUCAUUAUCAAGGGCUACAUACCCCCCACAGCCAAGAGCUUUGUCAUCAACUUCAAGGUGGGAUCCUCUGGGGACGUGGCUCUGCACAUUAACCCCCGCAUGACCGAGGGCGCUGUGGUUCGGAACAGCUUUCUGAAUGGCUCUUGGGGAUCUGAGGAGAGGAAGGUCCCCCACAACCCGUUUGGUCCUGGACAGUUCUUUGAUCUGUCCAUUCGUUGUGGCGCAGAUCGCUUCAAGGUGUAUGCCAAUGGCCAGCACCUCUUUGACUUCUCCCAUCGCCUCUCAGCCUUCCAGAGGGUGGACUUGGUGGAGAUCCACGGUGAUGUCACCUUGUCCUACGUCCAGAUCUGAUCUAUUCCUGGGGCCAUAACCCUUGGGAACACAGAGGAAGAUCCUGUAGGACCCUUUCUAAGCCCCUAAUAAAAUGUCUGAGGGUGUCUCAUGAA